AUCUAUCCAGGUCCAAGAUCGGAGGUCGGAAUUGUCUUUAACACCGUGAGUUUCUCAGUUUCUCCUUUUGUGUGUUUAGAUUUCGAUUUAGGUUAUUCAACUACUUAGCAUGACUAGAUUUUGAGCUUGCUGCUGCUACUCCGGUGAAUCUAAAGAUGUUAUUUUUUUUUUUUUUUAUGUUCUUAUGGAUGGAACAAUGAAUGAUUGUUAUAUAAUCAAGAUCUUCUUUUUUCCGAAGCCCUGUUGUGCCUAAGAGAACAAGGGGAAAGAAGAACCGUCGGGGGCUUCUUCUAGAACCUGAAGAACCGAGCUCGUUGAAACUUGGUACUUUGGAAGAGUUGAUGCAAGCUAGAACAUCAGUUCUUGAUCCUCCUUGGGAAGGUUCCAACUUGAUUCCAGGAGAUAUUUUAUGGUCUGAUCCUUCAUUGACUCCAGGCCUUUCUCCAAAUGAACAGAGAGGCAUUGGUCUUCUUUGGGGUCCUGACUAUACAGAAGAGUUUUUGAAAAAGUACCAACUAAAGGUAACAACCCCAAUUUAUAACUUGCUUGCUUUCAAAAUCUUUAUUGUUGUGAUACAGGCAACGAGAGAGAGGUACAGAAACAAAGGAGCAUAUAUCAUAUUACAAGCUCCUGAUUUCUCUGGUCCUCAGUUUAGAAGUUUUGAAGCAGUUACUCCACGACCAAAGGCGAAUCCGUAUUAUGACUUUGAAAAUGUGAUUGAUUCUGAUGAUGAGAUGGAUAAGUCUGCAAUGGACAGCAACGAGGAACAAGCAGCAAGUCACUGAUUGAUUGUGUAAAAAAACUGAAAUGAAAGAGAAUCUUGAAAGUGAAGAUUUUUUACAGUUUUUUCUAUAUUUUGAUAAUCAUUUUACACAAAGAAAAAUGGAACCAAAUGUACAUCAGUUGUUUUUAUUAAAGUUGAGACUCGCUGUAACAUUAAACAUACUUUAUGGAUUGAAUGUUUUAGGGAAGUAUAGAACUGAUGCUGGUUAAUAUACUAAAGCUAAACCAGCAUCUCAGUCUCAUUUUAGUUCUUGAGUUUCUUAUAUUUUCUUUAACAUAAACCGAACUAAACCGGAAACCGGAUCUACGUAAAUGUAGGAAACCUAAUCUCCACACUAAUUACGGCGACAAUCCACACAUAGUGAGUAGCUGAUAAAGUUGGUAAAGGAUAUGCCUCACAGAACACGGCCAUUGAUGGGGCUGUUGCUUUUCACAGGAAUAAACGCGGUUCUGGUGCAGACCAUUACUCCAGUUUAUGACUUUGUCUGCUUCUUGCCUUACUGGGAGAAACGGAGAGAACGAAUCCGGCAGGGGCUUCAAGCAGCUUCAUUAUCAGUUGCCACAAACUCAACACAUAAAGCUACUACUCAAGCAUCUGCUAGAUGAUUCUCUCCAUGUCAUUCAUUUUCUAAAAUCACGAGACAUCCAAAGUACUAACGCUUAAAGAUGAUAAACUAUCCUCUCAACAGAUAGUUUCAUCACUCAUCCAAAUAUUCACAUGAUCUUCCCCAUACCUCAAUUCCAAAAAGGUUAGAACAUUUUGCUUGCAACCCUUGAAUGUUAGUUAAACUCGAUCGACACACUUUUGUCUUUCGAUAAGAUGUUUUGAAGAACCUGAAUCGGUCUGUUAUAUUUGCCAAAAUAAUGUCCAAGACGAAAGUGGUUUUAAAGUUUUGAGACAUAAAUAUACAAAGACUCGUUCCCCCCAUGUGGGUGUUGGUUUUGAGUCUUUUGACUGUACUUUGUUCAUCGACAAACUUCGACAUGUACUCACCUCAAUGUUUUUAAUGCUUUCAUGUGCAUAAAGUUAGUGUCACAACAAUAAUAGUUAAAACUUCAUCUCAAGCCUAAAUUAUUGUAAAUAUUAGAAA